GCUCACGAGAAAAGCUUUAGGGAGGAUUAUUGUAAAGAUGAUAAUUUAUACAAAAAAUAAAGUAAACUUGGGAGAAAGGAACAUCCACUUUUCCAUUUUUGGUAUAAAGCUUUUGAUAUAAUGUGUCCUUUGCUCGCCGAGGUUUUCCUUAUUUAUACACUUCCCAUCUCUCACAUAUUCACCCAUCACUCUUUCCUCUACCUUUUUUUAAUCAAACAUUUGCUACUUUAUAGAGAAAACUAUGGUUAAUAAACAGUGUUUUCUCACUGCUGUUCAUGUUUCAAAUACUUCAAACUCUAUUCAAAUAGUUGUUUUUGUUAUUUUCCUAUGAAAUUUCAGAUAUUUUUCUUCCUGUUUAUUUGUUGCAAAUUAGUCACUGGAGUUACGAGUCUGAUCAUGUGUGAUUUCAUCAUGUUUCGUCCAUACCAAAAAUCCUAUACUUGAUGUAUACAUGUAGUUGAGUCAUUAGGUAAUUUAUAUGAUUUUAUAGGGUUUGGUUUUAAAACAUGAUUACAAAAUGAAUUCAAUUUUUAUAGUGUAUCGCAAAGUUAAAUCCUAUCACUCAUUUCUACGUCUUUUCCCCAUCCCCCUCUAUUAUUUCUUUUGUCCGCCUUUUUCGAAAAAUAUAUAUGUUUUGAAGUUCUUUAUAACGGGUUUUCUUUUUCCUAGUGACAAAAUUAGUUAGAGUCCUACAAUACAUGAUUCUAUAGGGAGUCUUAUUUAUGUAUUGUUACGAACUUUUGCUGUUCAAACUCGUAUUUUUAACUAUGUUUUCCUUCAUGCAAAUUUACUUUGCUACUCUAUCUUUUAGUUUUAGAUCCUGACAAAAGACUCAAAACUGUAGUUGUAUUUUUUUGUGAAUUUUUUUAAUAUAGUAACUAUAAUAAUAACUAAUAAAUAUUAUUUGCAUGGCAUAAAAAUCAAUAAUGAUUUUACGACAAAAAUUUAUCGUUGAUUUCCACGUACGAAACUUAAAACAUUCAUUUAACGGAAGUAACGUAUAAUUAGAUGUGACUAAUGAACUUGUGUCACCUCCACACACACACACACACACACAAAUUUCUUUAUUAAUUUUAUGAUGUGGCUUUGAUAAUGCGUCCAAUAAUCAGUCUCUUUCACAGUCUUAACACCAAAGAGCCCCACCCCUAUCAUCACACACAUUUAUCUCCCUCUCUCUCUAUCUGUCUGCCUCUCUCUCAAGAGUCAGACAUACAUAGAUAUUCGGUUUUUCACAGGGGGAAAAGUGAGUUCAUCUUUUCAGAUCUUACAAACACUUUGCUUUUAUAAACUGAUGUGCCACAAAUCACUGCUAGUACUCCCUUAAUUAGCUUUUGCAUUUUGUCAUCUAAUCAAUUAGCCAACAAGGAAGAACUCAGAUAUGGAAAGAUCAAACAACAUAGAGUGGAGGAACAACUUCUAUGGUCGUUCAAGAAUUUCACCAUGGAGCUAUGGGGAUUAUGAUAAUUACCAACAGGAUCAUGAGUAUCUUCUAGGGUUUUCAUGGCCACCAAGAUCCUAUACUUGCAGCUUCUGCAAAAGGGAAUUCAGAUCGGCUCAAGCACUUGGUGGCCACAUGAAUGUUCACAGAAGAGACAGAGCCAGACUCAGAUUACAACAGUCUUCAUCAUCAUCUUCAACACCUUCUCCUCCUUACCCUAACCCUAAUUACUCUUACCCUUCCAUGGCUACCUCUCCUCCUCCUCCUCUAACCCUAUUCCCAACCCUUUCGCCUCCUUCCUCACCUGGUUAUGGGCCAUGUUUGGCCCGUCCCUUGAGCCCCAAGUCUAAACAUCUACCAGAAAACACUUGUGAGACUAUGAAGCCAUCUCUUGUUUUGGAGGCUGCGGAAGCCAAAAGUUUGGGCAAGAAAGAUGCUCGCAGGUUCUUGAAAAAUGAAGAAAUCAUCAGCUUGGACCUCGAGAUUGGUGUGAUCAACGAGUCAGAGCAAGAUCUAGAUCUAGAGCUCCGUUUGGGUUUUGCUUAGAUGGUAAAACGUAUAACUUUAUCCAUAAAUGAUUCUAAGUUCACAUAUUAGAUCACUCUAGAAAGAGAUGUUGCUUUUCUAAAGUUAAUUAGUUCCGUCUACAUAAACUAUCUUAGCGUUCGAAUUAGCAGAACUUUUAUAUUACUGUAAUAUGACUAUAGUAUAACCUAUAUGUAAGCUUGCGUUAGAUCUCUUAUAUAUGCUUACUACUGUUUUAUAUAUGACAAUGGAUAAAAUUGCCUUAUAA